AUGGAGGAGACAGCGGAUUUGUGCUCAGACUUCAUAAUAUUUACAAAUUUUGCCGAUAUUUGCCGGCUUUGUGCCCUAAAAUAUGAAAAAAUCGAAGGAAUUAUCAAUGAAGAAAUUGCUGAAAAAAUAAGAAAAUUAUUUGGAAUAACGAUAAAUACUUACGAAUCGCACAAAAUAUGUGAAAUUUGUCAAGCGAGUCUUAUUGCCUUCGAAAAUUUCUACGAUCGCGUAAAAGAGGGUCAAAAAUUUUUCGAGCAAGAAAUUUUAUCGACUCAAUUCCCAUCGGAUAUCGUAAAAUUAGACAACAUUCAAGAUGAUUUCCCGAUUUUUCUCGAAAAUACUCCAGCUGAAGAACUGUUGGAAUUGUCAAAAGACGAUUUGAUGAAUUUAUGUGAAGAUCUUCAUGAAGAAAAAAAUACCGAAGACACCAAAAUCUCGUUCGACAUCGACUUUGAUGACUCAAAUGUGGCUCCUUCCAAAAGAACUGCCUACCGAAACUUGAAAAAAGACGCUCUAAUCAACGAAUUUUACGUUUUUAUCUGUCCUUCGUGCGACAUUUUAAUUCCUACCUGGACCGAUUAUCGCGAGCACCUCAUGCAAGAUCACGCCAUUCAGCGUCCCAAGUUGCGAUGUUGCGACACGAGUUUGGAAUGUGAGCGUUGGAGCUUAUUAGGUCACUAUUUGUUCCACAAAUCGCCGGAAAUGCUGCAAUGCAAAAAGUGCGGGAAGCAAUUUAACAGUAUUCGACCUCUGAGGAAGCAUUACAAAGAGACACACAAUAAAAUAUCUAAAUCUGAAGAAAAAAAAUUUGAAUGCGAUUUAUGCGGAACUUUCGUUUCGACGCGGAGCUCCAUGAUUUAUCACAUGAAACGACGACAUUUGCCUUCAAAAGCAGAAGAUGAACAGAUUUUGUGUAGUUUUUGUGCGAAAUCGUUCAAAACGAAGGAACAAUUUAAUCAACAUUAUCGGUAUUAUCACGAAGAAACGACGGAAAAAUGUCCGCAUUGCGGAAUUGUGAAGAAAUUGGAACAUUUGCGGAUGCAUAUUAAACGGGUGCAUCGUGAAAAUCGCGUAAAAUGUGAAUUUUGUGAAAAGGAAUUUUUGAAUAAAAUAAAGUUGAAAGGACAUCAAGUUCAAGUGCAUGUCGAGCCGAAAUUCGAAUGCGAUAUUUGCUUGAAAAAGUUUAAGACAAAAGCCAAAAUGAGCGAUCACAGAGCUACACAUUUUAAUAUUUUGAGAUUCAAAUGUGACUUAUGUGACCACAUGAACAACGAUUAUGGCAACAUGACGAAACACAGGAAAUCCAAACAUCGAGAUGUGCCAUAUUUACCUCGAGGAACCGCUAGAAAAGUUUUUGAAAUAGGAAGACAAUAAAUCCUCAAUAAA